CUUGUUGGGUUGGCAGCGCCGCCCGCCAUCCUUCCUUCCCUCCUUCCCUGGGAGCCGGUGAGGGCGGCCAUCCCUGUGGAUGCGGGCACAGCUGAGGGAGCCGUGCUGCGAACAGCUCCCGGCUCCGGUGGAUACCGAGAGGCCUCGCUGGGCUCAGGGAUCGCUUCCCCCGGCUGGCACAGACCCAGCCGCUCUGGUUUGAGCCUAUCCCGCGAUUUUCCAGCCGUGCAGCCGGGGCCGAGGGACAGCCAGGGCCGAGGGGCGCCUCGGUGCUGUCCCAGUACCGCCGAGCAGGGAUGAGGACAUCGGCCUGAACCCUCGGGACACCAGUUGUAACUCUCCUGUGCCUGUAGCUGGGAACAGCCAUGCCAGCCCAAAAGGACAGAUGGGUUUCUUCCUUGGUUUUCCUUCUCUUCUGUGCCUCCUCCAUUCCAAAAUGUGGAAGUGCCAGCCUGCAGCAGGAGCCAAGCCCCCAGCACUAUUUCAGUGGCUUGGAAGCUGGAAAAACAUCCUUGGCUUUUUUCAGCCCUAGUGUUUCUCCUGGUGCUCAACCCUUCUUGGAGCACAUUGAGAGCUCAGCUGAGGCCCUCCAGGACUAUGGUGUUUCCGUGGUGAAGGUGAAUUGUCCCAAAGAGGAUGUCUCAAGAUAUUGUGGAAAAGAAAAUGCAUUAAGGAAAGCCUUCCUGUUCAGAGGGAACCGACUGAUCCGGGAGUUCCCCACCGACGCCCUGUUCGACGUGAACUCCAUCGUGGCCAACGUUUUGUUUGCCCUGCUCUUUAAUGAAGUUAAAUAUGUUGAAACACUGGCAGACCUUGAGAACAUUGAAAAUGUAUUGAAAGGAAAGUCCAACAUGGUCUUUGCCUAUGUACCAGCUACUGGGACAGCAGAGCACAGAGCUGUGAUGGAGGCAGCUUUUGUCUAUGGGACCAUCCACCAGUUUGUCCUGACAACUGAGGCAGCACUGCUAAAAGCCACCAGCCACGAUGACCCCGAUGUCUCCUCUGCCUGGCUCUUGUUCUGCCACUGCCAGCAGGUCACAGAGCCAGCCCAGGCCUGCAGGAGGACAGCCCUGGCACAGCCCCUGACCCUGCUCAACAUCCACAGGCACCUCAAGCUCAUGGGGGCUCCACUGGUGACAGAGGUUGCUGAGGACCCAGAGAAGAUCUCCACUGUUCACUUGCAGCUCGGGCUGCCCCUGGUGUUCAUCCUGAGCCAGAAGGAGACCCAGGAGGCUGACAGGAGGACAGCAGAGUUUGUGGCCUGGCAGCUCUUGGGGAAAGCAGGAGUUGCCCUUUUGUCCAGGGACCUCGUAGAGCUGAACGUUCUGCAGCGAUCAAACGUGGCCCUCAAGACACCAGAUGAGGGAAUGCCAAUCCAAUACCUGGUCUUGGAAGAUACUGAUGAAGUUAUAACCCUGGUGGAAGAUAAGAACAAGGUGAAACAAACCCAGGAGGAUGAGCAGGAGGAGGAGGAGGAAGAUGAGGAUGAGAAAGAGAAUAACAAUCAAGAUAUUCAGGAUGACCAGGUGGUGGAAGCAGUUUCCAGGGACAAGAAGAGAGAGCUGCCCCUGGAACAAAUCCUUGUCCUGACAGAGGAGAACUUCCACUCUUCCCUCUCAGAGGCUGCCAGGACAGUGGUGCUGUUUUAUGCCAGCUGGGAAGCUGUGUCCCUGGCAGUGCUGCGCUCUUACUCCGAGGUGGCCGCUCACCUGCAUGGAACCCCAGGGGUUUUGCUGUCCCGUGUGAACUGCUGGGACUGGCCUGGCCUCUGCUCCCAGGAGAAUGUCACCCAGUUCCCCAGCCUCAGGAUUUACCAGGAGGGACAGCAGUCAGUGGCAUAUGGUGGCAUGUGGGGAACUGAAGAGCUGAGCAGCUUCAUCCUGCUGAGCCAAGUUUCCUGCCCACUGAAAUUGGCCACCAUGGAUGAAGCAGAAGGAUAUUUAAGAGGGGAAUUUCCAUCUGAACUCUCAUCCCACCACCACACCUCACUCCUGGGAGUUUUUGCUCAGCCACCAUCAGAGGCCAGGGAAGCUUUUGAAGAGGCAGGAAACAUCCUAAGUGGCCACGUAAGGAUGGGGAUGUAUUUUGAAGAUGAUGCCUUGGCUUUAUCCCAGAAAUACUCCGUGUCCCCCCCUGCCCUCCUCCUGGCCCGGAGCGGCGGCCGGAGCAUGGAAGGCAUCGCUCUGUCCGGACACAGCGUGCAGGACAUGGUGCAGAUGAUCAGAUACGAACUGCUGGACGUUUUUCCAGAAAUCACCGUGCCAAAUCUGCCCCAGUACCUGCAGCUGGGAAAACCCUUCCUCAUCCUGUUCAGUGCUGGUGACAUCAGUCAGGUGGAAAGUGAGGAAAUGCUGAAGCUGGCAAAAGGAAGACCCCAGCAGACAUUUGUGGUUUGCUGGUUGAACCUGAAGAAGACUCCAGUGGGAUAUGGGAUCCUGAGGACAUACUUCUCCACCACUCCUCCCUUGCCCCUUCUCCUCUGGGUGAACCUCCAUGCUGGGGGUCAGGUGUUCAAGUUCCCCUCAGAGCAGUCCAUCACGGAGAUGAACAUCUUGUCGUGGCUGGAGAAGCUCCAAGCAGGACUGGAGAUUCCCAGCAGUACCUUGUCUGAGGAGGACUGGAAGCCACCACUCCCUGCUUACGACUUCCUGCAGAUGAUGGAGCCAUCUGUGCCUGAGCUGUCCCCCCGGCCCGGGGACACCCCGGCACAGCACCCGCCCAAAAGCCCCGGAGGGGACGCUGCUGGAGGGGACAGUGGCAUCCGGGAGGAGCCAUCCCAGGAGAGCACAGCAGAGGAAGUUGGUGCCCCUGGGAGGGGCCUGCGGGGGACGGCGCCGAGGCUGGCAGCGAGGGACAAGCAGGGCAAGAGGCACAGCGAGCUCUGAGAGCCCGCCUGGGGAAAGGUGUGGGACUGCCCUGGAAAGCCUGGCACUGUCCCAGCCUUUUCUCCAAGGAGAGAAGAGGGUUCAGCUGUCAAGGAGUGGUGAAAGGAAAGGCCACUCCCUGCUGCUGAGGGCUGUGCUGGGGGUUUCUGGUGGCAGGGAGAUGUCUGUACGUCCCACUUGUUGUUCCCUGGCUGCUCCUGGGAGCUCAUCAAGCAACAAGCUACACUGGAAAAGACAAUUCAGCCCUGCUCUGUAGAUUCCCCAAGUCUCAGAGUCACUUCAGUUGCCCCUGAGCAGGAGUGGGUGAAUGAUUCCAAGAUAAAAAGCCCAUUUCUCUCCUCCCUGGUUGCAGGAGAAGCUCUACUGAUGUGUGACAGAAAAUCCUGCAAUUCCAUCUGCACUGGAACCGUGUGGAGCCAGCAUUCCACCACUCCAGGGCUGCUCCAACCAGCCCCCAGUUGUGUUUACACCUGACUUGUGACCUGAAUUCAUGAGCUUGUUCAUCCUCACAGGGGAAGAAGAGGAGGAUCUGGUCAAAGCAGAUUUAUUCCAGAAGCCAGAGCUCAGGUCACACAACAGUUCUGAAUAGUUGGGACAAAACUCUGCCAGCAAAUCCCAAGGGUGGGCAGGUUGGGAGAUGGCUUUGCUCACUGCUGGCAUUUUCUUGGUCACAAGCCCAGGGGCUAUUUGCAGCCUCCAUUUGUCUUUGCUCUCAGUGACAGCAGCAAGGCUGGUGCCUCCUGAGCUGGGAAUUGUGCAGGGAGCAAGGUCUGUGGAAAGCUGAGUGCUGUGGAACAGGGGAGGGAGGUGAAGGGCAAGGCUGGACCCUUCCAAGGUGGGAUGGAGCUGCUUCACAUCCAAAACCUAAGUGGGGAGAUGCAAAAGCUGGGGAAGUGGAUUUCCAGCCUCUGCACAUCUCCUGGGAACAAGAAACGGCAGGAGGUUGAAAGCAGAUGGAUUCCAUGCCUAGGAUUCCAUGAUCAUCCCACUCCCUUCAAUGAACUUGAUCUUCCUCCCAGAGCACUGCUGAGAUGUGCUGGGACAGUCAGAUCCUCUUCCUACUCUUUAAGGCUCUGAAAUUACUGAGAAGAGGAAAAAAUGCUGGUGAGGGAGUGCUGAGAGCAUUGCAAACUCAGUAUUUCUCAUCCUGCAAGCAGCACACGUGGCUGUGAGUCUUUUGAAAUACCCAGAAAUAGAUUAUUAGUCCUGGGCUGCACUGGAAGGCCUUAAUUGAGAGUGACCAUUUUUGGACUGAGUGACAGGCCUUGAGCCAAAAUGUAUGUAUUUAAAGGAAUAAACUGCAGCCUGCUGAUCAAAGGCAAGAUUCCCAAGGGAAGGGUGUGAACAGAUCCUUCGUGUGUUCCCGUCAUUCCUCUGCUCCGUGAGGUCCUCACGCUGCUGAAUUCCAUAAACUGAACGUUGCUCAU